GGCGGAGCGGCCUUGCCGGAGCUGCAGUGCGGGAGCGCCGCCCCCCGCCAUGGCCGCGCCCUGAGAGUUUGGAGCAUGUGAGAAGUGGCCAGAGGAAUAAGUAAUAUUUUAAUUUCUGCUUCAUCAGAUGCUGCUGCCCUGCCCUGUGCUUCCAGGAGUGUGACCCCCCCUGGUCCUGGGGCACCCCGCAGCUGAGAUGGUGGCCUUUAACUGGAAGGCUCUGGAGAACUUCCCACUGCUGAUGUACAUUUUGGCAGCUAAAACCUUGAUCCUUUGCUUGGCCUUUGCUGGAGUCAAAAUGUACCAGAGCAAGAAAAUCGAGGAGAAACUGAAGAGGGAACGCCAAGAGAGGCUGAAAGCAGAAGCAGAGAAGAAGGAUGAGUGAAGAGUCCCUCAGAUUCCUGACUUUUGGCAGCUGCCAUUGGAUUCCUUUCCCAGGAGGAUGAAGCCUUCCUGGAAAAGAGGGAUGUGURACCUCAGAGUAGCCCCRACRUUGGCUCCGUUUCCAUUUGUACAGYGACAUAUCUGAGCCUCUAUUUAUGCAAUAAAAAAAAC